AUGAGUAAAGGUACUUCAACAAAUCUUUUAAGAAAACCUAAUUCACAUGUCAGGUCUGUCAGUUUGCCAACAAAAUCUCAUCCCGAGUUCUUACAACUUGAGGAAGAAUUGAAUAAGAUCAAGGCUUGGGAGUUAACGGCAAAAGCAGCAGUGUCAUCAACGUCUACUUUUACAGCCAACACAAUUCAAGUUGGUUUGGCCGGCCUUGGCGAGGUGUACAGUAGCUUUGAGGAAGUUCUUAGUUUGUCUACCACAAAACAAGCCCUAGUGGGUUGCCGUCAAAACAAGGGAUUGGUGGAUGAGAUUCUAGAUGGGACACUUGAAGCAUUGGACAUAUUCAGAACUAUAAAAGAUGCUUUACCGUCAAUGAAGGAACAAGUUCAAGGUCUUCAAUCAGCUCUUCGUCGCAGAAGAAGAUCAUCAGAUGAAGAAUUCGUGAGCAUGGAAAACAUGGCUGAUGCUUACUUCUGCUUUAGGAAAAAAUUGAAGAAAGAUAUGACCAGCAAAUGCUUAGCAUUAUUGAAGAAGAUGAGUAAACAGUACUGUUCUUCAACUCUUAAUUUAGCACAAGAUCAUUUGUCCAUGGAGGUCAGGUUAUUCAACGAAACUAGAGAUAUCACCAUCUUACAGCACCUGUUGUCAUUCAUGACUACUCCAGUGCAACCUAGAAAUGUGAAAUGGGCAUUGGUUUCAAAGUUGAUAUAUAAACAAGGACGAGUAGCAUGCAAGGGUAAUGACAAGGCUAAUGUGAGUGAGGUGGAGGCUGUUGAUGUUGCAUUACUAGAUACAAUCUCAGUUAGGAAAGUUUCGAGCAAGGAGAUCACAAAUGAGAAAUUACAAGCUGCCAAGAAGUCGUUGGAGAAACUAGAGAAUGGGAUUGAUGCUGUUGAAACUAAAUCAGAGGUUACUUUCAGACGCAUAAUCCAAACUCGAGUCUCUCUUCUUAACAUGUUUGCCAACUGA